AUGGCGCUUGCAACAGUGCCAAAAUAUCGCAUGAACAACACUCAAGGCGUCGCUGCCGGCAGCAGUGGCAGGGCUUACCAAGGAUACCCUUAUACUGCCGCCAUCGUUACCGACGUGCCGACCAUCGACGCAGUAACUGCCGGGCGGUAUGCUGACCUGCCGCGGCGGCAGUGGCAGAAAGAUGAGCCGAUGGUGUAUAUUGAUAUACCAAGCGGGAGUCAGUCUUCAGUGUCUCAACCAAACUCCACCGCCGGUCCGAGGCCCCAACAGUCCACAUACAAGCAGGAUCCUGGUGACAAUCCUGUGGUCUACAUCGACCUGCCGGAGAGCAGCGGCAGCGACGUAGCAGAGAGAAGAAGAGUUGAGAACGACGAGUCAUUUGUGCAGGAGACGAUAUUCUACGACCCUUUCAAGGACAGGAGGAUAGUAGAACGAUCAGAAUCGGACAGUAGCACCACCAGCGGCAGCGCCGAUCAGGAAGAUGUCAGACCCACACCGCCGAACACACUGACCCUGGGCUCUACGAACAGAGGAUACGCUUCGUCCAGCUACUCAAACCUGCCAGCUUCAUUCGCAAAGGAGACUUCAAUAUACGGCCUAUCUACUCCCACAAACGGAUACAACCGUGACGACGUCCCCGAUCCUCCACCGGCGUAUACAGAGACUGACACCAUGAGUCCCACGAGUACAAAUACUUCUGGGUAUACCGGAACACCGACCACUUCCCCUGGAGUAGCAGUCGCGGAGACUUCGCGCCAAGAACCCCCGAGGACGCAAGUCAUAACUUCAACAGUGGCCAGUGACAAGAUUGUGAAGCACCUGUUCUGCGUGUACUGCGGCAUCCGCGGCCCCACGCUCGUCAUCAAGGAGGCCGGCUACACCACGCACAUGAUCGCCAUCAUACUCGCCAUAUUCGGACUGUUCCCUUUAUUGAUUCUCGUUUACUGCUUCGACUUCUGCAAAUACGACAAUCACUACUGCAAGAACUGUAACAAGAAGAUAGCGUACGAGCUGCCGAUCUGCUGCAGAGACCUCACUUAUGUCACAUAA